GCUCCCCUGCCGCGGAUGGUGAGGGUUGUCCGGCUAGAGGUCUGACGGAUCCUCGCUGAUGCUGCUGCUGCGGAGGAACCAGGGGGGCGGGGUUAAAGAGAAACAGGGAGUUUCCUGGUGAGCUACGACAACACAGGAAGAUGAACGUGGGCGUGGCUCACAGCGAGGUGAACCCCAACACUCGGGUGAUGAACAGCCGGGGGAUCUGGCUCACCUACCUGCUGCUGACCGUGGUCCUGCACAUCGUGCUGCUCAGCAUCCCCUUCUUCACCGUGCCGCUGGUGUGGACGCUCACCAACGUCAUCCACAACCUGGUGAUGUACCUGUUCAUGCACACGGUGAAGGGGACUCCCUUUGAGACCCCGGAUCAGGGGAAGGCUCGGCUCCUGACUCACUGGGAGCAGAUGGACUACGGGGUUCAGUUCACUUCUUCACGCAAAUUCCUCACCAUCUCACCCAUCGUCCUGUAUAUCCUCGCCAGCUUCUAUACGAAAUACGACGCCACGCAUUUCCUGAUCAACACGAGCUCCCUGCUCAGCGUCCUGCUCCCCAAGCUGCCGCAGUUCCACGGCGUUCGGAUAUUUGGGAUCAACAAAUACUGAUGGGAGUUUAAAACCGACCCGGGACUGUUUCUGUUUCUGCUGAACUCUUGUAACGUCUGGAGGGGGGGAGGAGGGUUUCCUGUACGGACUGAGUGUGAAAACAGAGUGAAUGCACUGCCGCUGUUCUAUGAAAGUAAGUCUUUUCUUUACUGACGUUCCUGACGUAUACUUGUCCAGUCGCCGGCUUCAAGAGAGAGCAGAUUUGAGUUUGGAUUUGAUGUUGAUUUCCUGUCACAAACGGCACUGGCUGCUCGUCUGUAAAGUGAGACGGCCAUAACGUGAAGGAGGAACUCGCAGCGGCGCGCUUCUCCUUCAGAUCUGUCUUGAUUUUAGCGCUUUCGUCUUGGUUUAUUAUGAAGGAUUCACACGCAGCAUGCAUUUACACACCACUGCAGUCCUGCUCCCAUGUAAUUUACUGUUCUGUUAAAGAUGUUUGUUUCUCUUGCUUAUAAAAUGACGAGUGGAAAAACC